AUAUCCAUGAAAAAGUACUCUUGUGAAAGUUCCCUACAGGGAAGAUAAGAGAGUAGGUUUAUGCUAAUCAGUUUCGGAGGAGGAGAGGAGUUGCUGCGGAGCCAUUUUGUAAUCAUUAUAAACUUAACGUGGAAAUAAUGAGUUUCAGCUCUCUGGAUAGAAGAUGUUAAGUUUUGUUGUUGAGCAUUUCAAAACAUCCUAUGGAAGAUAAACGAAAAAUUAUGGUUUGGCAGUGGGGGAGUUAAUGGAUUUUCCAGGUUCUCUAGUUAAGUUGUGUGGAUCUUGAGAGAAUUUUGAGCCAUGGAACUGCAAGCGCACUGGAUGUUAAUCAGCUUUCUAUUACAAUUGCCUAAGAUGGGAUGUUUCGACCUGUACCUUUCGGAUACUUUACAUGCCGGGGUUGUGUUGGCAAAUGUAUCACUUGGACCAGGUUGGAUUUAUAACAUCGAUAGGACUUUGACACCCAAAUACCUGAGGAAUUUUUUGGAAAUAGACGCUCAAGAAGGAGUGUUAAAACUUUCACGGCGAUUAGACUGUGCGCGCUUGGUAAGGAAUCCAGCACCGCUUUACUUUAAGAUCAGUUCUACAAGAUCUGAAAACUUUAUUUUAAUGCAUUUUAAUGCCUUUGUCCACGGACAAGACUGUUUUAUUAAAUACAAGAGAAAGAGUUCAAAAGGUACGCCAGAUAUAUACAUCAAUUAUCUUUCAAAACUGGAAGCAACUUCUUGCUUGUCCACAGGUAACUUGCUGAUGAAUGUAAAAGAAUAUUUACCAGUUUUUACACGACAUUUAGAGUUCUCAAACUCCACAUGCACUGAAACAAACUUUAAAAUCGUUGUUAAAAAUGGGAGUUUAAUACUGAAGGAGAAUCGUUGCUUGCAUUCGGGGGAAAGGAGUGAGGUGGAUUUACUGUGUACCCUAACAAACUUGUUAAAUGACCAGAUCUCUGUCCGUGUGAAAUUACAGUUUAUGACAACAGACUCCGAGGGUUGGUUAAAUGAUUAUUCACGGGAAAAAAUCGAUCCAUGGAAUACGCGAAAAAAAAGAAGCGUGAACAACCACAGUCCCCAGUUUAAGUCAAACAGCUAUCAGGUGUCUAUUCCUGAGAAUGAACCAGCUGGGACCCCAGUAAUAACUCUGAAUGCCAUUGAUCCAGAUGACGGGGAGGCUGGUAGGCUUCAGUAUUCCAUGGAGGCAUUAUUUUUUUCUACAUCGAUUGAUUACUUUCGGAUAGACCCUAAAACAGGGAGCAUCACUACCACCCAGCCUUUAGACAGGGAGAACAAGGACACCCAUGUAUUCAAGCUGACUGCUUCUGACAAUGGCACACCUCCGAGAGUAGGAACAUCCUAUCUCACAGUCACCGUCAGCGACAACAACGACCAUAGUCCCAUUUUUGAGCUAUCUGAAUACAAAGUGAUCUUAAGAGAAAACAUGGAAGUAGGCUUUGAGGUGACGACGAUCAGGGCCACAGAUGGAGAUGCGGCCUCCAAUGCUAACAUGAUUUACAAGAUUGUAAAUGGGGAUGGGGUAAAUUCAGCUUUUGAAAUAGAUCCAACAACCGGACUUGUAAAAAUAAGAGUGCGUCCAGAUAGAGAAACUAUAGCAGAGUACAACUUAAUAGUGGAAGCCAAUGAUCAAGGCAAGGACCCUGCCCCUAGAAGUGCCACAGCAACUCUGCACAUCACAAUAGAAGAUGAAAAUGAUAACUACCCGCAGUUCAGUGAAAAAAGGUAUGUGGUCCAGAUACCUGAAAAUGUCAAGGAAAACACCAGAAUCCUGCAAGUGGAAGCUACUGACAAAGACCAAGGCAAUAAUGCUUUAGUUCAUUACAGUAUUAUAAGUGGCAACAUCAGAGGUCAGUUCUAUAUUCAUUCUCUUACUGGCAUCAUUGAUGUGAUCAACCCACUGGAUUAUGAGAAUAUCCGAGAGUAUCAUUUGAGAAUCAAAGCCCAGGAUGGUGGCAGGCCUCCUUUGAUAAAUAGUACUGGACUGGUAGUUGUGCAAGUGGUGGACAUUAAUGAUAAUGCUCCUAUGUUUGUCAGCACCCCUUUCCAGUCCACUGUCUUAGAAAAUGUCCCAAUUGGAUAUUCUGUGAUACACAUACAGGCUAUUGAUGCAGACGCUGGGGAGAAUUCCCGCUUAGAAUACAGAUUGAUAGAUACCCCACCCAAUUUCCCUUUCACAAUCAACAACAGUACUGGCUGGAUUACAGUCUCUGUAGAACUAGACAGGGAAACAGUUGAUUUUUACAACUUUGGGAUUGAAGCACGGGAUCACGGGACACCUGUCAUGUCAACUUCUGCCAGUGUUAGCAUCACAGUGCGUGAUGUGAAUGACAAUACCCCCACCUUCACUGAAAAAGUGUAUAGCCUUCGGAUAAAUGAAGAUGCAGUAGUGGGAUCUAGUGUGCUCACUGUUAUAGCGAUUGACAGAGAUGUUAACAGUGUGGUAACAUACCAGAUUUCAAGCGGCAACACAAGGAACAGAUUCGCAAUUACCAGUCAGAGUGGUGGAGGCCUUAUAACAUUAGCAUUGCCCUUGGAUUAUAAACAAGAGAGGCAGUAUGUCCUCACAAUCACAGCCUCUGACGGUACUCGCUCUGACACAGCCCAGGUCUUUAUGAAUGUCACUGAUGCAAAUACACACAGGCCAGUUUUCCAAAACUUCAAUAAUCCAGUUAGUAUAUAUGAGGACAAACCCGUUGGCACAACUGUGGUGGUAAUCAGUGCGGUGGAUGAAGAUACAGGAGAAAAUGCCAGGAUCACUUAUAUCAUGGAAGAUAACAUUCCUCAGUUUAAAAUUGACCCUGAUUCGGGGGCAAUUACCACUCAAAUGGAACUUGACUACGAGGACCUGGCUUCCUAUACGUUGGCGAUUAUAGCCCGGGAUAAUGGAAUUCCUCAGAAGUCGGAUACAACAUAUGUGGAAAUUAUUGUCCUGGAUGCCAAUGACAAUGCUCCUCAAUUCUUAAGAGACAUGUACCAAGGCAAUGUGUUAGAAGAUUCACCUGUGUACACCAGUGUGCUGCAGAUUUCAGCUUCUGACAGGGACUCGUGGGUUAAUGGAAGAGUAAGUUACACUUUCCAAGGCGGGGAUGAUGGGGAAGGGGACUUUAUCAUUGAGCAGUCUUCAGGCAUCAUCAGAACUGCAAGAAGGUUGGACAGAGAGAAUGUGCCAGUUUAUAACUUGAAGGCUUAUGCUGUGGACAAGGGGGUUCCACCUUUGAAAGCACCAGUGGAGAUCCAGAUAACUGUGCUGGAUAUAAAUGACAACCCCCCAGUGUUUGAAAAGGAUGAAUUUGACAUCUAUGUUGAAGAAAACAGCUCAGUAGGCUCAAUAGUGGCCAGGAUCAAAGCUACCGACCCAGAUGAAGGAACCAAUGCUCAGAUCAUGUACCAGAUAGUGGAAGGAAAUAUUCCUGAGGUUUUUCAGCUCGACAUUUUCAACGGAGACCUUACUGCCUUAACUGAUCUAGAUUACGAAUCUAAAACUGAAUAUAUCAUUGUGGUUCAGGCCACUUCUGCACCGUUGGUCAGUCGAGCCACUGUUCACAUCCGACUCGUGGAUAUUAAUGACAAUGACCCAGUGCUGCAGGACUUUGAGAUCAUUUUUAACAAUUACAUAACCAACAAAUCCAACAGCUUCCCGUCUGGGGUAAUAGGGAACGUUCCUGCUUAUGACCCGGAUGUAUCAGAUAAGCUUCAGUAUACCUUUUUGGAGGGUAAUGAGUUAAAUCUGUUGAUUUUGAACCAAGACACAGGAGAGCUAAAGCUAAGUGGACUCUUAGAUAACAAUCGGCCUUUGGAAGCCAGCAUGAAAGUGUCGGUCACAGAUGGUAUCCACCAGGUGACGGCCUUGUGCACUCUGCGAGUGACUAUCAUCACAGAUGACAUGCUGACCAACAGCAUUACGGUGCGACUGGAGAACAUGUCCCAGGAGAAGUUCCUCUCCCCACUCCUCUCUCUCUUUGUGGAAGGAGUGGCUGCUGUGUUGUCCACCACCAAAGACGGAAUCUUCAUCUUCAACAUCCAGAAUGACACAGACGUGCACACCAACAUACUCAAUGUCACCUUCUCCGCUCUGCUCCCAGGGGGCCUCCGCAACCAGUACUUCCCUUCUGAGGACCUCCAAGAGCAGAUCUACCUUAACCGGACCCUGCUCACCAUGAUCUCCACCCAACGCGUGCUUCCCUUCGAUGACAACAUCUGCCUCCGAGAACCCUGCGAGAACUACAUGAAGUGCAUUUCGGUGCUCAAAUUCGACAGCUCGGCUCCCUUCAUCACCUCCAACACUGUGCUCUUCCGCCCCAUUCACCCAAUCAAUGGUUUGCGCUGCAGAUGUCCCCCUGGAUUUACCGGGGACUACUGCGAGACAGAGAUAGAUCUGUGCUACUCCAGCCCUUGCAAUAACAAUGGACGGUGUAAGAGCAGGGAGGGAGGCUAUAGCUGCGAAUGCCCUGAGGAAUUUACAGGAGAGCACUGUGAAGUGAACACACGCUCUGGGCGCUGCUCUCCUGGUGUGUGUAAGAAUGGAGGGACCUGCAUCAACCUCCUUAUAGGUGGGUUUAGAUGCGAGUGCCCCCCUGGAGAGUAUGAGCGUCCGUACUGUGAGAUGACCACCAGGAGCUUCCCUCCUCAGUCCUUUGUCACCUUCAAGGGGCUCCGGCAGAGAUUUCACUUCACUGUUUCCCUCAUGUUCGCUACCAGGGAAAGGAAUGCUUUGCUGCUUUACAACGGGCGGUUUAAUGAAAAGCAUGACUUUAUUGCGGUAGAAAUCAUUGACGAGCAGAUCCAGCUGACGUUCUCAGCAGGUGAGGCUAUAACAACAGUAGCUCCCUUAGUUCCAGGUGGUGUCAGUGAUGGGCAGUGGCAUUCAGUCCAGGUGCACUACUAUAACAAGGAUAGCCUGCACCUUAUCGAUUCCAGUGGGGUCCUGCAUGUACCCCUUUAUACAGCUUGGCUGGAACUGAAACACAAGGAGCCUAAUAUUGGAAGAUUAGGUAUCCCUCACGGGCCCUCUGGAGAGAAGGUUGCCGUAGUUACAGUGGACGACUGUGACACUGCAGUGGCUGUGCGCUUCGGCAACCAGAUUGGAAACUAUUCAUGUGCUGCCCAGGGAACUCAAACUGGUCCUAAAAAGUCCUUGGAUCUGACUGGUCCUCUGCUACUCGGGGGUGUUCCAAACCUGCCGGAAGAUUUCCCAGUGCGGAACCGGGAAUUUGUGGGCUGCAUGAGGAAUCUGACCAUUGACAGCAAGGCCAUUGACAUGGCCAGCUAUAUAGCCAACAAUGGCACUACAGCAGGUUGCACAAUGAAAAACAACUUUUGCAACAGGAUUAUGUGUCAGAAUGGAGGAACCUGUGUGAAUAAGUGGAACACCUACAGCUGCGAGUGCCCCCUGAGCUAUGGAGGGAAAAACUGUGAGCAAGGAAUGCCCUCUCCCCAGCACUUUGAAGGCCACGGUAUGGUAUCCUGGAGUAUGCCAGAUAUCACCAUCUCUGUUCCUUGGUACAUUGGCCUGAUGUUUAGAACAAGAAAUAGCAAUGGGAUGUUAAUGCAGGCCAAGGCUGGGUCGUCUUCCAAGAUUACCAUCCUGAUAAGUAACAGCAACGUGCAGUUUGAAUUGCACCGUGGGUUCACACAAAUGGCAAAUUUCAAAUUUACCCAAAUAAGGGUAAAUGAUGGGGACUGGCACCAUCUACUAAUUGAAUUGAAAAACGUUAAGGAUGGCAAGGACAUGAAAUUACUUGCUUUGAUGUCUCUGGAUUAUGGGAUGUACCAGGGAAGUGUAGAAAUCGAGAAAGAGCUGCCAGGAAUGACGCUGGAAAGCCUGUUUCUAGGGGGACUUCUAGGGGAUGAUGGGAAGAUCGAACAGGGUUUUGCUGGCUGCAUGCAGGGUGUGAGGUUGGGAGAGACUGCCACAAAUGUAGCCACUCUGAAUAUGAACCAGGGGAAGAAAAUCCGCGUGCAGAAUGGCUGUGAUAUUAGUGACCCAUGUGACUCAAACACCUGUCCUGAGCACAGUCACUGCAGCGAUGACUGGAAGACCCACUCCUGUGUCUGUGACCCAGGGUACUUUGGUAAAGACUGUGUGGAUGUAUGCCAGUUGAACCCAUGUGAACAUGUCUCAGCCUGUGUCCGUAAACCCAGUUCUUCCCAUGGAUACACCUGCGAAUGUGGGCAGAAUUACUACGGGCAAUAUUGUGAAAACAAGAUCGAUCAGCCCUGUCCCCGAGGCUGGUGGGGUAACUCUAUCUGCGGCCCAUGUAAUUGUGACACUGAUAAAGGGUUUGACCCCGACUGCAAUAAGACUUCAGGAGAGUGCAGGUGCAAGGCUAACCACUACAGGCCACAGGGCAGCGACAGCUGCUUCCCCUGUGAUUGCUUCUCUCUGGGAGCUCACACUCGGACCUGUGAUGACGAGACGGGACAGUGCCAGUGUAAAACUGGUGUUAUUGGUCAACAGUGCAAUCGCUGUGACAACCCCUUUGCUGAGGUCACUAGCAACGGAUGUCAAGUGAUUUAUGAAGGCUGCCCCAAAUCGUUUGAAGCUGGAAUUUGGUGGCCCAAAACGAAGUUUGGCCGUCCAGCUGCCAUGAACUGUCCCAAAGGAUCAGUUGGGACUGCAGUCCGGCAUUGCAGUGAGGUAAAGGGCUGGCUUCCUCCUGAGCUCUUCAACUGCACCACUCUCACUUUCUCUGAGCUUAAAACAAUGAAUGAGAAGAUGCAUCGGAAUGAGACUAACAUGGAUGGAGACAAGUCUAAGAAUAUUGCCGAGUUGCUGCAGAAUGCCACCAUGCACACUGAUGUUUUUUAUGGGAAUGAUGUGAAGACUGCCUACCAGUUAAUAUCACAGGUCCUAGAGUAUGAGAGCAAACAACAGGGUUUCGAUCUGGCUGCAACAAGGGAUGCUGAAUUCAAUGAGAAUAUUAUUAAAGCUGGCAGUGCCAUCUUGGACCCAAGCAACAAAGAGCACUGGGAGCAGAUCCAGCGGACAGAGGGAGGCACGGCCCACCUACUGAAAAAUUAUGAGGAGUAUGCCAACAAUAUGGCACAGAACAUGAGAAAGACCUACCUGAAACCGUUCACAAUAGUGACUCCAAAUAUGAUUUUUGCUCUUGAUUUCCUGGACGACUCCAACCCAGAGAGUGCCAAGAUUCCUUGUUUUGAAGAGAUCCGUGAAGAGUAUCCCAAAGACCUGGAGUCCACUGUCAAGUUUCCAGGUGCCAUCUUUAGACCACAGGAAGUAAACCCCACAGACCAGCCAUUGGAGUCGAGUGACUCUCCUGAGGUCCGUGAGGCCUCUGCAAAGAGAAAGAAAAGACAGCCAGAAGAAGCUAACCCUCAUGUGGUUGCCGUGGUGAUGGUGUACAGAUCAAUGGGACAGCUUCUGCCAGAGCAAUACGAUCCUGACAGGAGGAGCCUGAGGUUACCUAACCGGCCUGUCAUUAACACACCGAUCGUGAGCACCACAGUCCACAGUGAGGGAGGGAUCCUGCCCACUCUGCUGAAGGAGCCUAUCACUUUGCACUACAACCUUCUAGAGACAGAGGAGAGAACCAAGCCUGUCUGCGUGUUCUGGAAUCACUCGAUUCCGAUCGGUGGGACUGGAGGCUGGUCCUCCAAAGGCUGUGAUCUUGUCUUCAGAAACGAGACCCAUAUCAGCUGCCAAUGCAAUCACAUGACCAGCUUUGCAGUGCUCAUGGAUAUCUCCAAACGAGAGCAUGGUGAGGUGUUGCCCUUGAAGAUUGUCACUUACACCACAGUCUCUGUAUCCCUGGUGGCCUUGCUGGUGACAUUUAUACUGCUGGUCAUCAUCCGGACACUGCGGUCAAACCUUCACAGCAUUCACAAGAACCUGGUUGCAGCUCUCUUCUUCUCCGAGCUGGUCUUCCUCAUUGGAAUCAACCAAACCGAUAAUCUGUUUGUCUGCACCGUGAUCGCUAUCCUCCUCCACUAUUUCUAUAUGUGCACCUUUGCCUGGAUGUUUGUGGAGGGGCUGCACAUCUAUCGGAUGCUUACCGAAGUUAGGAACAUCAAUCACGGGCACAUGAGGUUCUACUACGCCAUUGGCUGGGGGAUCCCUGCUGUCAUAACAGGUCUUGCAGUAGGCCUGGACCCACAGGGUUAUGGCAAUCCAGACUUUUGCUGGCUCUCUGUUCACGAUACUCUCAUUUGGAGUUUUGCAGGACCCAUUUCAUUAGUGGUACUUGUCAACAUAGUGAUCUUUGUACUAGCUGCAAAGGCUUCUUGUGGAAGAAAGAAUAGAACAUCUGAAAAGGCCGGAGUCAUCUCUAGCCUGCGCACCGCUUUCCUCCUGCUGCUGCUCAUCAGUGCUACCUGGCUGCUCGGUUUGAUGACAGUAAACAGCAAUGUGAUGACCUUUCAUUAUCUCUUUGCCAUAUUCAGUUGUCUACAGGGAAUAAUCAUUUUCUUCUUCCACUGUAUUUUUAACAAAGAAGUGAGAAGACACUUAAAGAACACACUAACUGGGAAGAAAUCUCUACCCAAUGAGUCCAUGACAACAAGAUCGUCUCUAUUAACACGAUCACUGAACUGCAAUAACACGUACAUAGAGGAACCAGUCAUGUACCGCACCACCAUUGGAGAGUCCACCGCUUCCCUCGAUAGCACUGUCAGGUCAGCCAAGAGCCACAGUAGCUAUCUUGCUUACAUGUUCAGGGAGGACUCCACUCAGAAACCAAGUAUAUCAUCAAGUACAGCAAGACUGGGGCAGACUGAAGGAGACUCUGCCAAAUUUCACCGCAACCCAACAAAGACUGAAGAACAUGACUCUGACUCGGAUAGCGAGCUCUCUGCGGAUGAGCACAGCAGUUCUUAUGCCUCCUCGCAUUCAUCCGACAGUGAAGAUGAUGAAAAUCAGUUGAAUCCCAAGUGGAAUCCAACAACACCUAAAAACAAUGAGAGACAGCCAUUUCACAGCACUCCAAAAGAUGCUGUGACCAAUCACGUGAAACUGCACUGGCCAAAAGAAUGUACAACAGCCAGUGACAGCGAGGACCCAGGAGGUUCAGACAAGCUCAAGGUGGAGACCAAGGUCAGCGUUGAACUUCACCAAGAAAACAAACUCAACCACAUAGAGGAGGAACCACAGGAGAAAGACAAGCUUUUGAAAGAGACUGCACCCCAGCAAAACUCCAAUCAUCAGCCAGAACAGAGAAAAGGUAUUCUCAAAAACAAAAUCACCUACCCACCGCCUCUAACAGAUAAGAAUAUGACAAACCGACUCAGAGAAAAGCUUUCUGAUUACAAUCCGCCGCCCAUUUCGUCACGGACAUCUUCUAUAGGGUCCAAUGAUGGGACCCAAUCAGCCCCAGGCACUGGUGUACUUAUAAAACAGCCACACAGGCAGCAGUCAAGAGAACAGCAAAAUGGAGUGGCAAUGAAUGUCAGAGUGGGGAUUGUAAAUGGGGACACGUCUGAUUCAGAUGGAAGUAAUGAAACUUCAAUCUGAUUCACCAAGAACUCGAUAAGAUUAUUGCACUCACAAGGGACUGGUGUCUCACCCUUUUCAGCUCAGUAGAACCAUAUCUUGUGUACUAUGCGCCACUUUGGAUUGGCUCCUGUGGAGAUGAGUAUUACUGCAUCAGUGGGAGCUGUAUUGCAAUAAAUGUGUGAGUUGUGCCAAACUACCAGCAUAGGUGAAUAACCACUAAGCAGGGUAGACCAAGACAUUUUAUUAGUCUACAGAAAAACAGAAAAUACUGCUGCGUGCUGCUGUCACUUGGUGACCUAACCUUACUGCUGUUAACCAAGGAAAAUGGUGGGCAUAGAUGGCAGCCAUACUCAAAUGGACUACUAUAUGAUCUAUUUAGAGACUUCUUACAAGAAAUAAGACUUCUUUGUGAAGCAAUAUGAAGUUGUCGCCCUAAAGAACUGCAAAACUCACACUGUGUCAUGUUCUAUCUGUUCCUGUCUUUUGGGAGAAAAAAAACAAAUGUCUUAAAUGAAUACAUUUGAUGUGUAAAUUGUUGAUAACUUUUAUAUAUUUUGUAUUUUAACUUUGUCUUCGCAAAAAAACAAAUGCAUUUGUAUAUUUUAAAUCCCUUUUUAUGUUGAUUUUUGUUACAAGAGUUUUAAUGGAAUACAUUUUCUGUGUUUUUAUAUGCUGUAUAAAAUAAUGAUUGCACAAUUGUACUUGAAGUUUGUGUGUUUUAUGAUUUAAUGUCAAUAAGAAUUGUACAAAAAAAAUUAAGGAAAUGCCUGGAUUUUGCUUUCUUUGCUGGUCUUCUAUAAAACCAAUAUUUCAGCACCCAGCUUAAAUCAAGAGGUAUUCAAGUAAUCAAACCCUUUUCCUCAUGGUAACUUAAUGUCAGCAAUAAGCCAUCAAUAAUGUCACCGUUCAAAUUGUGAGCCUUAGACAGUUUUACAAAGAGGUUAACUAAGCAUCAGUUUUCUGUGUGCUCCAUUUAGUUUGAAAAUAGAACUUUGGAAAGCCUACUUUAAAUGUCUUUGUUGUGUCAGUAGAAUAUUAUCAGUGUUCAAACUGAAACUCUUCUGUUUUUUUAGUUUAACACAGCAGUACACCCCAUAGAAAAUAAUAAGCCAUAACUAUCAAGUUGGAAUCUGUGACCAGUUUGCCCUAAUGCUGUUUGACAAGCACUCAUUAAGGAAUAAAAAAGUGCAUUCAGUUAUUACAGUAACUUUUUAAAGAUGUUGCACGGCAGUUGAAAAUGUGUCAAUACAUCUAUCAGCAAAUACGCUUCAUUUGAACUGAAUUGAGUUCUAGUUGGCUUAAUGAAAUGGCAGCUAAAAAUACUGCAUUAGCUGAAGAGAAAUAAUAUAAUGAUAAUAAGCUGCUUUAAAACUGCAUCUUAGCUUCUAUAUAGUUUGGCUGUGCAUGUAGUUCUUAAUCAGUACAUUACUACAAUAUGUUAAUAUUUUAAAAGGUUGUAGUCACACCUUAACUCCAAGUGCAAUUCACAAGUGUACAUGCAGUCUUACAUAACAUAACAAAAACAAAGUCCUUAUAGUUUGCUUUGUCACUUAUAGCAAGUACGGCUCUUACAUGGCUUGGUACCACUACGUCUUCAUCAGUAAUACUGUAAUAUCAGGUGGAUUGCUCAGGUUUUAGUGUUUCAGCAAUUCACGUGUAUAUUUUGCCCCAGUGGAUGUAGGGUUUUUUUGUUCUUAAUUUUGAUCAGAAUUUGUGUAUCAAUUUUUGUAACGGAAGACAUUUCUAUGACAAUAGACACUGGAGUGUUUUUUUUUAUUUUUAUUUUUAUUUUUUUAACAAAUGUAUAUUUAUUAUUGUGCAUAACACUGUAAAAACACAUCAUUGUAAUAUUGUAAAAAUUAAAAUUAAAUUUUGAAUUUGUA